AUGAUCUGGCAACUGCUCUGCGCUGGUUUCAUUAUUAUGCCAUUAGUAGUCGAAUCUAGUGUCUCCAGGCGGUAUGUAAUCGGCUGCCCUGCCCGGUGUGACAAGUCAUCAUGUCCCCCAGUUUCUGCAAACUGCUUAGCAGGCGAAAUCCUGGACCAAUGCGGCUGCUGCAAAGUUUGCGCGGCUGGAGAGGGCGAGGCGUGCGGCGGCUUCGGGAGACUGGGCGACCCGGUGUGCGGAGAUGGGAUGGAGUGCUCGGUGUCGGACGGAGUGGGCUACUCCGUCACAGUCAGGCGGAGAAGCAAGAGCGGCGUGUGCGCGUGCAAGAGCUCCGAGUCCGUGUGCGGCAGCGACGGCGUAUCCUACAGGAACAUCUGUGAACUGAAGAGAGUCAGUAACCGUGCCCAAAAACUCCAAAAGCCGCCUGUCAUCUUCAUACAGAGAGGAGCAUGUGGUCAAGGCCGGGAUAAUCCAGACAGCCUGCGACACAAAUACAACUUCAUCGCCGACGUGGUGGAGAAGAUCGGCCCUGCCGUGGUUCAUAUUGAACUUUACCGCAAGAUGGCGUUCUCCAAGCGGGAGGUGGCGGUGGCCAGCGGGUCAGGCUUCAUGGUGUCUGAGGAUGGCCUGAUCGUGACCAAUGCCCACGUCGUGGCCAACAAGCAUCGGGUCAAGGUGGAGCUGAAGAGCGGCGCCACCUUCGACGCCAAGAUCAAAGAUGUGGACGAGAAGGCCGACAUCGCCCUCAUCAAGAUUGACACGCCGGCCAAGGUGCCGGUGCUGCUGCUGGGCCGCUCGGCGGACCUGCGCCCCGGCGAGUUCGUGGUGGCCAUCGGCAGCCCCUUCUCCCUGCAGAACACCGUCACCACCGGCAUCGUCAGCACCACCCAGCGCGGCGGCAGGGAGCUGGGCCUGCGCAACUCCGACAUGGACUACAUCCAGACCGACGCCAUCAUCAACUAUGGGAACUCAGGAGGGCCCCUGGUUAACCUGGACGGGGAGGUGAUCGGCAUCAACACUUUGAAAGUGACGGCGGGCAUCUCCUUCGCCAUCCCCUCUGACAAGAUCCGCCAGUUCCUGGCCGAAUCACACGACAGGCAGAGUAAAGGGACAAUGGUGAUCAAGAAGAAGUACAUUGGUGUGAGGAUGAUGACGCUCACUCCUGCGCUUGCCAAGGAGCUGAAGGGGAAGCAGAAGGAUUUUCCCGACGUUACCUCUGGUGCCUACGUCAUCGAGGUCAUCCCCAAAACACCAGCGGCUACCGGAGGCCUGAGGGAGCAUGAUGUCAUCAUCACCAUCAACGGCCAGCGCAUCUCGUCUGCCGGGGACGUCAGCAACGCCAUCAAGAGGGACUCCACCCUGCGUCUGGUGGUAAGGCGGGGAAACGAGGACGCCAUCCUCACCAUCAUUCCAGAGGAGAUUGACCCUUGACCUCCACCGUCACUUUCCCAGACCUGGUUUUCAGAGUCUCUGUAUGGACCGUAGCUGGGUUGCUGGAGCCCCGCCCACUUUCAGAAUCUGUGACCAAUGGCAUCUCUCCAAGCUGCCGGUUUACAGUAUGCAGAUCGUCCGCGGACACAUCUCUAGCCCCUGAGCUACACGUAUUUUUCAGUCUUUUUUAAGGUGUGCUUGGAAAAGAUGCUACUACUGUUAAAUUCAAGCCAAUGACCAGUGUUAAUUUGUCAUUCUGUUUUCUUUGUUUUUAUAUUGUACUUCCCAAAAAUGUUUUGAAGCAGAGCCUUUCAGAAUGCCUUUUUUAAAUUUUCUUUUUUGUUGUCAUUGUUGUUAUGAUUUCUUUGAGGAUCUACAUGAUGCCAAAUAAAGGAUUUUUGUUUUAA